AUGGGAACCCUGGGAACGAAGAGGACUUCAGUCUCUGUUUCCGCCCGGAGCUGCUGUCACGGGUGUUUACCUUACUUUCCGUUGGCUUUGGCCGAGCAAGGGCCCGCUAGUUUUCCUCCAGACACCGAGAGAAGGCCGCUCUUGCGGUCCGAUCGUGUCCGGCGUGUCCGGGAGCUCCAGGCCUCUUCCGGGAGCCGCCGCCUCCGCCCCCACGGCUCCAGCUGCCGAGUGUCCGGAGCGGCCCUGCUCGCGUCCCCGGGCCCCGAGGAACCCUUGCUCCUCCAGGACGUGGUCAUUCUUUUCAGCCAGGAAGACUGGGCUUUGCUGAAUGAUGCUCAGAAGAAACUCUACAGGGAUGUGAUGAUGGAAACCUUUAGAAACCUGGACUUCAUAGGAGCGAGCCCUCCUGAAUGCCGGGACAGGGAGAAACCCGUUCAUGGCACUAACACUCUUUAUGCAUGUGAGCUCUGUGGGGAAACAUUUCUGCGAUUCCCUGACCUCACGGAACACAGGAGAACUCACACAGCAGAGAGACUGUAUGAAUGUCAGGAGUGCGGGAAAACAUUUUCCCGAUCAGAUCAUUUCAAGGUCCAUUUAAGAAAGCACAGAGGGGAGAGGCCCUAUGCGUGCGAGAAAUGUGGAAAAGGCUUUUACGACCCGUGGACACUCCUUAGACACACAUCGAUCCACACAGGAGAGAAACCGUACAGCUGUGAGACAUGUGGAAAGACAUUUCUGCGGUCCUGUAACCUCACCGCUCAUGAAAUGAUUCACACAGGACAGAAGCCCUAUGAGUGCAAGGAGUGUGGGAAGACAUUUCUUCGAUCACGAGAGCUCAGUUCCCAUGGAAGAAUUCACACAGGAGAGAGGCCUUAUGAAUGCAAGGAGUGUGGGAAAACAUUUUCACAAUUCGGUCAUUUGCAGAUACACACAAGAAAGCACACGGAAGAGCGGCCCUAUGAAUGCCAGGAAUGUGGCAAAGCCUUUUAUGACGCGUCGACCCUACGGAGACAUCGGCUAAUUCACACCGGAGAGAGACCUUUCCAAUGCAAGGAAUGCGGGAAAACCUUUAACGACAUGUACCAUCUCCACAGACACAAGAGAAUCCACACAGGAGAGAAACCUUAUGCAUGUCAGGAGUGCGGGAAAACCUUUACAGGUGCAAGUAGUCUCAUUUCUCACGGAAGAAUUCACACAGGAGAGAGACCUUUUGAGUGUGAGCAGUGCGGGAAGACAUUUUCACGGGUAGUGUAUUUGCGUAUCCAUACGAGAACGCACACAGGAGAGAGGCCGUAUGGGUGUGAGGUGUGUGGAAAAGCCUUUUACGACAUGUCUGCCCAACGUAGACACAGAGUCAUCCACACGGGAGAGAGACCCUACGAAUGCAAGGAAUGCGGGAAAACCUUCAACGACAGGCCUCAUCUCCGUAGACAUAAGAAAAUCCACACAGGAGAGAAACCUUACGAAUGUCAGGAGUGCGGGAAAACCUUUACGGAAUCAAGUAGUCUCAUAUCUCAUAGGAGAAUUCACACAGGAGAGAGACCUUAUGAAUGUCAGGAAUGCGGGAAAACCUUUAAACACUCAAGUACUCUCCUUGUUCAUAGACGAAUUCACACAGGAGAGAGACCUUACAAAUGCAAGGCAUGUGGGAAAACAUUCCUGCGAUCCUGUCAGCUUGCCGCACAUGGGAAAACUCACAGCGCAGAGACACCUUAUGAAUGCAAGGAUUGUGGGGAAACCUUUAAUGACGUGCCCGUUUCUACAGACAAGAGAGAAUUCCCACAGCAGAGAGACCUCCGAGGGGGCCGCUCCCGCCGUCUGAUCGUGUCCGGCGGGUCCCGGAGCCCCCCGGGCCUGCCUUUCCUCUCGGCGAGCCGCCGCCCCUUUUCCGCCAUUGCUGCCCAGUGGGCAGAGCGGCCCUGCCUGCGUCCCCCAGGCCAAGAGGUGAGCAAACUGGCCGUGCGGAAAACUGACCCUCAGUUCCCUCAGGGAGGCCAGGGUCCAGCGACAGGUGUCUACUCCCGCGUCACUCUGUGCCUUCUGCUUCAGGGCACCCAGGCCCUUGUAGGGUCGGAGGAGAGGGAGGGGGCCACUCCGUGA